CUUUUUACGCUCUCGAUAUUGAAUUCUUAACAAAUAGACGCUUUCGCGCUCACGCUCUCGCUCACGCUCCCGCUCCACGAACUGGUUACCUAACCUAUUACAAAUACCUUAAGGGAGAAAGGUGUUCAGUGCAUGGUCCAUUAGACGGUGUGCUGGGAAUCAUUGGAGACAUUGAAGCACAUGUUUCUUCAUUGUCGGAUUGUGGCAUGGUCGUGGGAGAAUUCGGAUUUAAUGCCAUAGAGAGUAGGGGUGGAGGAGAUUAAUUUUGCUCUUUUCUUUCGUCAAAUAGUGGAAAGGGAGGUUGAUGAUGCGCGAAUCAUGAGGUUGGUGGCAUUGCUUUAGCGCAUCUGGAAGGCAGGAAAUUGAGUGUUUUUUUUUUACCAUAUUCAAUAUGUUAUAGGAUUUUUACUUUACCAGUUUAAUGCUCAAGUGUCGGAGUGGCUGGCUUUGAUGCUAGUAAAGUAGGUCAUUGAGGGAUGACAUAUAUAGUUUUUGGUCAAAGAUGUGGUGAAUACCGGUCUCACGUGCUUUGUGAAUGUUGUUGUUAUAGUUGGGUCUCAUGCAACAAGUGAAAUGGUGGUCCAGGAUGUGAUAGGUAAUACUUUGUAUGUGCAAGGUUUUUCCAUGCAGGUUUGCAUGAUCCUUUUUCGGUCGAGCUAGUGGCUUUUUAUGAUGCAAUUCGGUGAUGCUCUUUGAUAGCAUUAGCUGAGGUGCGAUUUUACGUGGGAUGCGCAAGUGGUGAUUGAUAAAAUCCAGAACGAGGAGAUGCAGGAUGUUCGUGGUGGGGUGAUUUUGGAAGAGAUUAGCCAGUUGCGUGCACAGUACCACUCUUUCUUGGUGGCUUUUGUUAGCAGGAUAAGCAAUAGGAUAACACAUGUGGUGGCUAGAAAAUUCCUUUUUUUGUCACUCGUGACUGAUGCUAGUUUCGAUUUUCGGUCUUGAUUCCUUUUAGGUUUGUGACUUUUGAUGUCUUUGAUUUCUUGGUAAUCCGUGUGAGGUAUUAUCAAAAAGAAAAAAACAAAAAUGCAAGAAUAGGUACGAUUUUAAAACCGUGAUUCGAAAAUGACAUGAAAACCGAAACCCACCGAAACCUGUUGCCAUCCUAACUCCUAAGUAGAUGUCCAAAAGGUUGAGGCUUUUUCAUAAACUGGGCCUAUUUUAUGGGCUUAUGAACUUGACCCGUUAGGGGUUGACAGAAACUGAAAUUCCAUGUCCCUCAGUCGGCCCAGGCCUUGAAUCUGCAGACAGGUUCGUUAAGACUCAAAAGUCCAGUGUCCGGUUUAUGAAGAACCUAAAAUUAUAGUGAGCAUUUAUGUUAUUAAGCCUAAUAUGUAGUUAAUAAACUCGCCGUUCUCUUUUUCGUAUUCUCCAGUCCCACCUAGGGUUUCUGUUCUGCUGCUCUCUCUCACCGCCGUCCGUCAUGGCCAAGAGAACCAAGAAGGUCGGUAUUGUCGGCAAAUACGGUACACGUUAUGGUGCUAGUCUGAGGAAACAGAUUAAGAAGAUGGAGGUUAGCCAACACAGGAAGUACUUCUGUGAGUUCUGUGGCAAGGACGCUGUGAAGAGAAAGGCAGUGGGUAUCUGGGGGUGCAAGGAUUGUGGCAAGGUCAAAGCAGGAGGUGCUUACACCAUGAACACCGCAAGUGCUGUGACUGUGAGGAGUACCAUCCGCCGGUUGAGGGAGCAGACUGAGAGUUAGAUGUUUUGUUGGAAACGUCGGCUCCCUGUAUUGUCAUUUUUAAUUAUCGAAUUAGCUCCGAACAAUGUUGUUUCCUUUCUGGCAGGUAUACGUUAGACCCUUGCAAGACCUAAUGAACUUCAAGUUUUGGGUAUUUGAUGAAAGGUUUAUGCUUUGUCACAAGUGAUGCAGGAGUUCUAUCUUUCUAGUCCAGCUUUCUGCUAACUUGGGUAGUGUAGACUCCCAUUUCCUUUGCGGGUGACUGAACUGACUCGAUUUUACAAUAUGACUAGAGCUUGCCUAGCCCUGAUAAACAUCAACUUAGAGC